AUGUCAACUUGUUCUCGAAAACGUCAGUGCAGUGAGAAUAUCAAUGGAGCCCAGUGCAAACAUUACCAUUAUCCACUAUUGCACAAUGCAAACGCGUUGGUCUUCUCAUCGGUUGCAACAAAUGGAGAGAAUAUGUUACCUACGGUUCGGGCAGAGAUCCUGGGAGCAAAUAACGUCAAGAAAGAAGCUAAUUUCUUACUAGACACUGGCGCUCAAAUCAGCUUGAUACGGACAUCGGUUGCAGAGGAACUUGGGCUUAAGGGGAAAAGGGUCAACAUUACCAUAGCAAAAGUCGAUGCCGUAGGAAUUCCGAAUAUCAGCAGUGAUAUGUCUGUAACGAAGAUCGAUAACGUAGCUAGAGCCUUUGGUAUUCGAAAAGAGGAAAUACGGAGAGGAAGUGGUCCAGUUGAUGUUUUCUUAGGAAUUGAUCACCCAAAAUUCCACACCGGUGAAACUAGAGAAGCCAGCAAUCUUGUCGCAAGACAGUCACCAUUGGGAUGGGUUGUCUUUGGAGCAACAUCGGAAAAGAGCGACAAUGUCAACCAAGUCUUCCAUAUCAAGUGUUCGAACCCGAUCGAUAUGAGUGACUUUUGGACGACAGAAUCGAUGGGCGUGGAAGGGAAAACAUGUUCAUGCGAGAGCAAAAAGUUAAGCCCAGUUGAAGCUUACGAAGCCAAAAUUAUAGAAGAGAGCUGUCAAAAGAUUGGUAAACAAUGGUUAAUUCCAUACCCCUGGGUCAAAGAUGCAAAAGAACUACCGGAUAACCAAAGCCAAGCGAAAAGGAAAUUGGAAACUACUGAACGUCGUUUAGCCAAAAAUCCAAACCAUGCAGAAGCGUAUGACAAACAGAUGAGAGAAUUGAACGAAAUGAACUUCUCUAGAAAAGUAUCAAGUGAAGAAUUAAAGACGUACAAAGGACCAAUCCAUUACAUAUCACACCACGAGAUCGUCAAACCCGAGAAAAAGAGCACCCCCAUACGAAUUGUUUUCAAUUCCUCAGCAUCGUAUAAAGGGCACCGCUUGAACGACUAUUGGAUGAAAGGACCCGACUUACUGAACAAUAUGUUAGGAGUGCUUCUACGAUUCCGAGAAAACAAAGUGGCUAUCAACGCAGAUAUAUCCAAGAUGUAUCACAGAGUCCUAAUUCCUGAAAGAGACCAACAUGUGCAUCGAUAUCUUUGGAGGAACAUGGAAACGAAUCGAGAGCCGGAUGUUUAUGUGAAAACAGUCUUGACAUUCGAAGACAAACCUGCACCAGCAAUGGCACAGACCGCUCUGCAGAAGACCGCCGAAGAAGGACAGAAACGCUAUCCCGAAGCAGCUGAAGUCAUAAGAAAAAACACCUACAUGGACGACAUAUGCGAUUCCGUGAACUCAGAAGAAGAAGCUAAGAAAAUCACGGCAGAAAUUGAUGAAAUCCUUCGCAACGGUGGCUUUAAUGUCAAGGGCUGGAUAUCAAACCGACCAUUGAAGAAGGAUAAAGAAAGAACUGUUAAAAAAAAGGAAUCGGACUUAAAGCUCCUACAUGGUUCAUGUGAAGAGAAAGUCUUGGGAACGGUCUGGGACCAUUACGAAGACGCAUUUGGGUUUAAAGUAAAUACUCCUGAACUGACCAAAUUUACGAAGAGAGUAAUUUUAAGUCAAGUAGCUCGAAUCUACGAUCCCCUGGGAGCAGCUGCAGCUUUCCUGAUUCGUGCCAAAAUAGAAAUGCAAAAACUCUGGCUAGAAGGAUUACAGUGGGAUGACGAACUACCAAAAAGACUCCAAACCGCGUGGAUUCGAUUCUUCCAAGAGAUGAACGACUUAAACAGCGUCACCUUUGAAAGGUCCCUUACACCAGAGACAGUGAUUGGAGCCCCUGCACUAUGUAUCUUCUCUGAUGCAUCGAUUGAAGCCUUUUGUGCCUGCGCCUAUAUCAGAUGGGAGAUAGAGACCAACACCUUUGCAACCAGAUUUAUCGCAGCGAAGUCAAGAGUAGCCCCACUGAAGUCGUUGACUAUACCUCGCUUAGAGCUACAAGCAGCAGUCCUGGCAGUACGAUUAUGUUCUUCCAUUCUUGAAGAGUCUCGAAUGCAGUUUGUAAAGAUAAUCUUCUUCUCAGACAGCCAUAUUGUCCUUUCUUGGAUUCGAAACCAACCCAGAGAAUUUAAACCGUUCGUUUCAGCUCGAAUUGCCGAAAUCCAGAGCAAGUCUAAUCCAGAACAGUGGAGGCAUGUCCCUGGGGAGCAAAAUGUCGCUGAUGAUGUAUCGCGAGGAAUAACUGCACUACAGUUAACCGGCAGAUGGAAGUAUGGUCCCGAGUUCCUGAAGUUACCUGAAGAGGAAUGA